AUGUACUCUCUUCAGACGUCGUUGAUCAUUCUGGGCAUGAUCAUUUCGGGCACGGCUCGCAGUGUGGGUGUCAAGGUUCUAUAUCAAUUAGGAUUUGACCAUCCUCUCUUGGUAGCACUCUUUUAUCUCGCGGGGCAAUCCAUGGCUCUUCUGGUCUACGCAUUUUCCAAGUACUGUCGACGAGGCAGCCAAGGAGAUAAUAAUAACAACACUCCCAAGCGCGAAUAUGCCCGCCUCAGUAUCCAAGAAGAAGACGGAGAUAUUGAAAAGCAAAUACAAGAACAUGAAGAUGACACUUGCUGUUCCAUCACGGUCGAAGAAGAAGACGCAUCUUCUAGCAGCAGUGAGAACGAAGACCAAUCACAACGACAAUCUACCACCAGCAAACGUCCUUCGCUGCAACGCCAAGGCUCCCAAACGGGUCUUACCGCGGAAUCCCACCAGGCCGUUGCAUGGGUCCAUUGCAUUCCGUGGCAACUCAAACCUCUCAUUCCCGGUCUCUUCAAUUUAGCAAAUGCCGCCUUGAAAUGGGCUUCCUUCAUCUACUGCGCCGCCAGCAUUGCCGAAAUGCUCAUGAGUGGACUCGAACUGGUACUCAGUGUCGUUGUGGCACGCAUGGUCCGGAAACGACACAUUCAUCCGUGGCGGUGGGCGGGAGUGGCCAUUGUCGCUGUCGGAUUGUGGCUCGUGCAUGCCGCCGAUGUCAUUUUGGAAAAGGAUCAACAAUCAGCAGGAGUGUCGUCGGCGUCUCCGGAACAGUUGCAACGGGAUCAAACCAUUGGAGCGCUUCUCAUUGUCGGACAGUGCAUCACGGCUGUGGGACAAGACAUGGCCGAAGAAUUGUUCUUGCAAGAAACAGACUUUCCCGCCACACUCUUGUUGGGCAUGGAAGGACUCUUUGGAUUGCUCUUUGGCAUUCCACUCUACUUGCAGUACGCGCCAACGCCGCCCAUGGAGACACUAGUGUCGAUGCAACAAUCUCCUUGGACCAUGGUCUACCUGUUCCUCCUCACGACCGUGUUUACCGUCACUGGGAUUUUCAACAUUAUGACCACCGGAGUCACCAGUUCCAUGACGAGAAACAUGUGGAAGAAUUGUAGAACAUUGCUCGUAUGGGUACUCGGUUUGGUCUUGUUUUAUGCCGUGGGAGAUGAAAAUCUCGGAGAAGAAUGGAUCAUGCCCGAUUCCUUCUUUAUUCUCGGUGGAUUCCUUACCAUGUUGUCGGGAAUCUAUGUCUACUACAAACACAAGUGA